AUGGGACUCGCCUCUCCAAACAAUUCGAUCUCGCACGACGGCUUCGAUGAACAAGCAACCAAAGCAACCACUGUCCUGCCACCGGCUCUUCUCGCGGAUCUAAUCCCGGCGCUGGUAGUGCUCAUUUACGCGCUUGGAAUCACCUGCUGGUUUCGCGGUGUGAUUUGGUCUUGCUUCCGCAAACCGAUCUUCCAACGAUGGACAAGGAGGACGGCAGAUGGGUGGAAGGGGGACUAUAUGAACGUUGCCAAAGAGGACGACGAUGAGGAAGUCGUCGAUUUACAACGUCUGCCAUCGAUGAUGCAACAUCGGCGUGAUGAGGAAUUAAUAGUUGGACCAUCGGCCGUGAAUGUAGUAUCGCUCGUGUCGAAAAAGAUAAAGAAACGACCUGAACGUCUGAAUAUACGCGGAUAUACACCCUUGUCGUCGUUUUCAGAGGACUGUGAAGGUGGUGAAGAGGCUAGUUUGGAAAUCGAUACUCGAGCUGCAUCUAUAGACCCAAGCUUGGAAUGCCAGCAGCAAGAGCCUCAAAAUUGGUUGGGAUUAUCCAAGUACUUUGAUAACAACACAGGACAGCUGCAGAAACAUAUUUUACUCGACCCUGGAACCGAGUUGAGUGAAAUGAGAGUAAAAGAAGAGGAUGGGAUGUUUGAGUAUGAUGGAGGCUUUGGUGAUAAUAUUUUAGGAAGAUGGUGUGAUCGGGCUAUCCGUUGGGCUAUUGCGAGGGCUCAGCCAUGGUUGGAGCCAGCGGGCUAG